AUGGGUAGAUUGUUCGCGAACUUUCUCUCGCGUGUUGUUCACAAUGAUGCUAUGCAGACAGAUCCCCUCGAGGUCUACGGAUGGCGAGUCAUCACAUUGUCAUGUUCAGGCAACUUUGGCGGGAUGCUCUUCGGCUGGGAUAUCGGUGCGAUCAGCGGAAUCCUCGAAUACGCUCGAUUUGAGAGAGACUACCACUACAACGACACGCAGAACCCUUUGCUCAGCGAGAACAUCGUAUCGACCCUCCAGGCAGGCUGUUUCUUCGCGAGCCUAUUCGCAUCCCUCCUCGCGGACAAGUUCGGUCGAAAGUGGCCCCUCGUCGGCGCAGGCUUCCUGACCUGUAUCGGCGUUGCCCUCCAGGCCGGCUCCAGCGGCUCGCUUCCCUGCAUGUACGUGGGUCGCCUGGUUGCGGGCUUCGGAAUGGGGGCCGCGUCCAUGUUGACGCCGUUGUAUGUCUCGGAGUGUGCGCCAAGAGCCAUUCGGGGUGGGCUCACUGGUUUCUACCAACUGUUCAUCGUCACUGGCACUGGGAUAUCCUUCUGGAUCAAUUAUGGAAUGUCGGAAAACAACAGCACCGCUGCUGUGUACCAAAUUCCAUUAUCUUUACAGGCGGUUCCGGCUGUCACGUCUAUCAGGAAUAUGCUUACGACGAGCAGUCCACGUUGGUGCGCCCGGAACGGCCAGUGGGAAGAUGCGGCCCGGAUCCUGUCUGAGCUGUCGAAUCUGCCGUCCGAUCACGAGUACAUCACAGGCGAGCUCCAAGACAUGGCAGACCAGCUCGAAAUGGAGAGCCGACUUGUUGAUGGAGCAACCUCAUGGACACUGCUGAAGGAGAUGUGGUUGAUCCCUGGGAACCGGAAGCGAGCGCUCAUCUCCAUCGGACUGAUGGUCUGUCAGCAGAUCACCGGGACAAACACCCUCAAUUAUUACGCGCCACAGAUCUUCGAGGACAUGGGCCUUCCGACUACCAGAGCCCAGCUCUUUGCUACUGGUAUCUAUGGCGUCAUGAAGAUGGUCUCCUCUCUGGCCUUUCUGCUCUUCGCAGCCGACAGCCUGGGCCGCCGCAAGAGUCUGCUGAUAUCCAGCGUCGGGCAGGCGGUGACACUGUACAUGAUUGGGAUAUAUGAGAAGAUUUAUCCAGACAACAGGGAAUCUAUUCCCCCGCUAGGCUACGUUGCGAUCGUCUGUGUCUACCUAUACGUCUGUUUCUUCCAGUUCGGAUGGGGCCCAUGCUGCUGGAUCUACGUCUCCGAGAUCCCAACUGCGCGGCUUCGUACCCUCAAUGUCGCCAUCGCGGCGGCGACGCAAUGGUUGAUCAAUUUCCUCAUCGCUCGGUCGACGCUGACAAUGAUGAACUCGUUGGGUUUUGCAAUUUGGAUCCUUUUUGGCACGUUCUGCGCCCUCACGUUUUUCUUUGCCUACUUCCUGAUACCCGAGACGAAAGGUAUGAGCCUGGAAAAGAUGGAUGAGCUGUUCAGUAUCACGGAAGACCUAUUGCGGAUCAUGGAUGAAAAUCAGAGAGAGCGUGCUGAGAGCAGGACAACAGCAGCUCAGCAGAAUGCUACGUGGAUGGGCAGUCUGUACACGAGUGCGUCAAGGAUGCCGACAUUCAUGGAGACGCCAGAGAAGAGAUAUACCGGAUCGUCGCGGUCGCCAGAUGAGCCAAUCUAUAGGUUGUAA